AAUACAGAUUUUUGAUUGAAAGUGACGGUUUUGACAAUGAAGAGUGCAGAAAUAAAGAGAAUUGGGCUGUGUUUUCUAGGUGUGGGCCAACUGCAGUCCAGGCCCAAACCACAGCCCAAUUCCCAUGUCUGCUAGGGUUAAGGGGUUUCUAAUUUAUGGAGAUAUAUAUAGAUGUUACUUGGCAGAAACAAAGGGGCCACAUAGACGCGAGAGGAGUUGUUCUGCACAUUGGAGGAGAAGCCGCCCAGCCGCCCAGCCUUCUUGCCAUCCGCAUCUGUUGUUCUCCAGCAGCAGAAGAAGACAUAGAAUGGCACAAAUCUGCUCUGCGAAUUGAGAACGCAAGACCCAAAUCCGUUUGCAGAAGAGCCACGCUGCCGCCCAGCCUUCUUGGGAGAUCCUGACCACAGCUCACCAUUUGGCAAAUUGCAAUUCUUCAUAGUUUGGGUUUUGUUGUUUCUGAAUUUUUUACUAUGAUUUUCUGCUGGGAUUUAUUUUUCAUGGCUGUUGAGAACAUAAACAUGCGUGGCUAGAUUUCUUUGAACUAGGGAUGGGUGGAUUUUAAUUUUUGAAGUAUGUGACUGUUUUUGUUAGUUUAAUUUAAGAUUUAUUGGUUAUUUGCAUGAUGAGUUUCUAUUAUUGAACUUAAUGCAUUGAGAGCUUGAUCACCUUUCAAUUGAUUUAGUGAUUUAUGCAUGAACUUGAGAAAGAAUUGUGUAAAUUACACCAAUAAUAAUAUAAACCGUGUGCUAGACU